UACGUACUAACGUAGUAACCGCAAAAUGUGUGGACACCGAAACGAACACCAACACCAUUUCGGCCUUUCCCACUUUCUCUCUCCUACCUCAGCUGGCACCUCGCAGCUCACACCCACAACAAUGGCCACCAUCAUAAACCACUAAACCCACUAAUACCUUCCGAAAUCUAGGUUGCCUUCUUUGCUUCUCAAUUUUUAUAAACCCUUUACACCAAAAUCCAUUAAAAAAAACAAAUUUGAUUGAAAAAAGUGUGGUAGAAAAUGAGUCAUCUUGGAUAUAGUUUUGCUACACAAUCCACAUCAAAAUAUGCUCUUUUGGGAAAUUUGAGUAACCCCACUUCAGUUUCAUCUGGGUGUAGUGAAUUUAUGGGUAAUUCUGUAAGAAAUUGCAGUUUUAGCAAAGAAUUUGGCAAAAAGCAAAGAAUUGGGUACUCCCCAUUAAAGGUUGUUUGUGUAGAUUAUCCAAGGCCAGAGCUUGAUAAUACAGCGAAUUUCUUGGAAGCUGCUUACUUGUCUUCGACUUUUCGGAAUUCUCCCCGUCCGAAGAAGCCAUUAGAAGUUGUAAUUGCCGGUGCCGGUUUGGCUGGUCUAUCCACGGCAAAGUAUUUAGCAGAUGCAGGUCACAAACCCAUAUUGCUGGAAGCACGAGAUGUUUUGGGUGGGAAGAUAGCGGCAUGGAAAGACAAGGAUGGGGACUGGUAUGAAACAGGGCUACAUAUAUUCUUUGGGGCUUAUCCAAAUGUACAGAAUCUGUUUGGAGAGCUAGGUAUUAAUGACCGAUUACAAUGGAAGGAGCACUCAAUGAUUUUUGCAAUGCCUAGCAAGCCUGGUGAAUUUAGCCGCUUUGAUUUUGAAGAAGUCCUGCCUGCACCAUUAAAUGGCAUAUGGGCAAUCUUAAGGAAUAAUGAAAUGCUUACCUGGCCAGAGAAAAUCAAGUUUGCUAUUGGUCUCUUGCCUGCAAUGGUUGGUGGACAAUCGUAUGUUGAGGCACAAGAUGGUUUGAGUGUCCAAGAGUGGAUGAGGAAGCAAGGUGUACCUGAUCGUGUAACUGAUGAAGUAUUUAUUGCCAUGUCAAAGGCAUUGAACUUCAUAAAUCCUGAUGAACUUUCGAUGCAGUGUAUCUUGAUUGCUCUGAACCGAUUUUUGCAGGAGAAGCAUGGUUCCAAAAUGGCUUUCCUGGAUGGCAAUCCUCCGGAAAGGCUGUGCAUGCCUAUUGUUGAGCAUAUAGAGUCACUUGGCGGUGAAGUGCGACUCAAUUCUCGUCUUCAGAAGAUAAAGUUAGCUCAGGAUGGAACUGUAGAUAGUUUUUUGCUAACUAAUGGAAAAGAGGUUAGAGGAGAUGCUUAUGUCUCUGCUGCUCCAGUCGACAUCCUGAAGCUGCUUCUACCUGAUGAAUGGAAAGAAAUAUCGUACUUCAAAAAGUUGGAUAAACUAGUAGGAGUUCCAGUCAUUAAUGUUCACAUAUGGUUUGACAGAAAAUUGAAGAAUACAUACGACCAUCUACUAUUUAGCAGGAGUAAUAUUUUGAGUGUCUAUGCUGAUAUGUCAUUGACAUGCAAGGAAUACUAUGAUCCAAAUAAAUCUAUGUUGGAAUUGGUAUUUGCACCAGCAGAAGAAUGGAUUGCUCGCAGUGACACUGAUAUAAUUGAGGCAACAAUGAAAGAACUUGCCAAACUUUUCCCUGACGAAAUUGCAGCUGAUGGGAGCAAGGCUAAGAUCCUCAAAUAUCAUGUCGUCAAGACUCCAAGGUCUGUUUAUAAGACAGUUCCAAAUUGUGAACCUUGUCGGCCGCUGCAAAGAUCACCUAUAGAGGGUUUUUAUUUAUCUGGUGAUUUCACGAAACAAAAAUAUUUGGCUUCAAUGGAAGGAGCUGUUUUAUCUGGGAAGUUUUGUGCACAGGCUAUUGUGCAGGAUUACGAGUUGCUUGCUGCUCGAGCACAAAGAGAAUUGGCCGGAGCUGGCAAUGUAUGAUUCUGAAAUACUUUUGACAUUCGCCAUUUAUAACAUCAUUGAAGAUUUGGAUUGGUGACCUGAUUAUUCAUAUCGAUAUUCAACAACUCAAACAAAUUUCUACACUUUGUAUGUUGGUACCACUUCAAGUUCUUGUUUGAAAUACCCCUUGAAUAUUCUGCUAGAUAUUUGUAUAGCUUAAGUCUAGAGAAAACAUGUACAUGCUCCAUAUGUGACUUGAUAAAUUGUAAGUAGCAACUCGACAUCAAUAUGGAAAUUUUUGUGGGUUGGGAAGAAAUUCUGAAUAAUGUCACUUUCCUGAUGUUUGUAAUUUGAUUAGCAAUAUGCCCACUUUACCCCAA